AUGGGCUUAAGAAUCUGCAUUUCUUGCAUUGGGCUUGUUGGUAAUGUAUUUCUAAUCCUCUCUAUUUUUCAGACUAAGUUCUCCCGACUUAAAUCAUUUGAGUUGUUCCUCCUAGGACUGGCUGCAGCCAACUUAGAGGAGAUUGUCAUUGUGAAUAUCUUUGACAUUAUCAUCAACCAGCCUUCCACUGUCAGCACUUGGUCAUGUCGCUCACUCAAGCUCCUGACUGUGUUUGGUGAAAUUAGCAGCAUCCUCUUCACUGUCCUAAUAAGCAUAUUUCGCUGCCAGAAACUGAGAGAUGCCAACAAAAGGGGCAACCUACCAAUCUUCCUGGACAGCAUCAGGUCAGCCUGGCUGGUCAGUGGGGUUUGUGUAAUGCUGUCCGCCCUCCUGAGCAUCCCCACUUUUGUCAUCAACCUGCAACACCUUGCGGAAAACAUCACAGUGAACAACAGUGACUGCUCCCCGGACUUCUUUCUGUGUAGAGAAGAUUAUUAUCCUACACUCAACUGCGUUUACAAAUACCUGUUCAUCCUGGUCUGCAACUUCUUGCCCCUGAUCAUCGUCACAGUCAGCGGCUGCCUCAUCAUCGCAGUGCUGCUGAGCCAGAGGAAGACAAUGACAAGUGUUGUGAGUGUGAGUGGGACAGGACAGUUUGGCAGAAAGAGUAAAGGUCUAAGGAUUCAGCGAAGCACCGUAGGUGUGCUGGCAGCCAUGGCAUUGUUCCAGGUAGACUGGACUAUCUACCUGCUCUUUCAGCUGACCUCCGACCCCACUGACUUUCCUUUUUGGGCUGAAAUUGAGUUCUUUAUCUCAACUUCCUACACAUCCAUGAGUCCGUAUGUGUAUGGGAUUGGGAACAACCUGUUCUCUCACAAGAACUUUAUAAAGAAGUAA